UGCGUAAGAGUAGAACGUGGAGUUGCGCGAAAAUGACAUUGACGACUGCGGUGCGGUGGCGAAGUAUGUUAUUUAUUAUUAAGAAUCGCAUGGCUUCUUCGGGGAAGUUAUCUUCGCAGAUCACGAUGAAGACAUUAUGAGAUCAGUCUCCUUCACUAGGUGGGGUUUCACAGUCGUUUCUUCGGGAUCGGUGAUAAUCAGCCGCCAUGGUGCUGAAGAUCUUCUUCCCUCAGUGCUGUAACAGGGCGGACAGCGGUCUCCUCGUGGGCCGCUGGGUGCCGGGCUUCGACUCCGUCGUGGUCCUCGCUGUCAUCCACUACCCCUUUAUCCCAGGCCAGGUGAAGAAGUACCUGAGCGAGAUGCAGAGCGCGAUCCAGCUGGAGCUGACCGUGCUGGGAUCCUGGAGCAUGCCGAAGGACGGCCAGGAGGGCAUGGACAGCUUCCUCAAGGACCUGAGCACCAUCUUCCCGCAGGGUCGCUGGCUGCAGCUCAGCCGGGAGCUCGGCAAGAGGGGCUUCGCGUGCCAGGUGAUUGGCAGAGACGCGGCGGUGCCCCCCCGGGGCCAGCCGAAGGAGGGAGGUGACGACGAGAAGGAAAAGGUCAUCUUCAUCCACUACGACCAGCGCAAAGUCAUGCUGUCGCAUCUGCACCCGGCCCACGGUCAGGAACCUGCGGCAGAGGGGGUGUCCGAGCUGCGCCUGGUUUUCCAGACAGUGGCGCAGAGCCAGCCGCUCUUCUUUCUGGACAAGUACGACGACGGGCCCAUCAAGCUGACCCACUGGCAGUCCGAGGGCCGGGAGGCCAGCAUCCUGGUGGAGCUCAUCAAGCAGGCCUCGGUCCCCAUGUGCCUGGUCCUCACCUGGCUGCUGUCACUCUGGACCCAGCUGAGGAGCAUCAGAGUCUUGAACAUGUGGCCGGUGCGUUUUGUGUCCAGCAAGUUGUCCACGUGCGUCCAGCUGAGCCACAGAACCGAGCACCUUCAGACCAUCAGUUCGCCCAGGAGAGCCCAGCAGCAUGCCGAUUUUAUGCGGAAGGCAAACAUCUUUGUGUCCUUCUUGGUGGACAUCGCUCUCGGCCUCCUGCUGAUAUCCUGGCUGUACAGGGAGAAUCGCAUCGGCCGCCUCGCCAACACUCUGGUGCCAGUGGCUGAUCAUGUGGCCAAGGAGCUGCAGGAGCUGCUGCAGUGGCUGAUGGGAGCCCCAGCGGGUCUCAAGAUGAACCGCGCUCUGGACCAGGUGCUGGGGCGGUUCUUCCUCUACCACAUCCAUUUGUGGAUCAGCUACAUCCAUCUGUUGUCCCCCUUUAUCGAGAUGAUUCUCUGGUAUGUGGGCCUCUCCGCCUGCCUGGGGCUGACCUUUGCCCUCUCUGUGGUGUCCGACAUCGUCGCUUUGCUCACCUUCCACAUCUACUGCUUUUACGUGUACGGAGCCAGGAUUUACUGUCUGAAGAUCUACGGGCUCUCCUCUCUGUGGCGUCUCUUCAGAGGGAAGAAGUGGAACGUGUUACGGCAGCGUGUCGACUCCUGCUCAUACGACCUGGAUCAGCUCUUCAUCGGGACGCUGCUCUUCACCAUCCUGCUGUUCCUGCUGCCCACCACUGCUCUCUACUACCUGGUCUUCACCCUGCUGCGUCUGGGAGUGGUGCUCUUGCAGGGCUUCAUUCACCUUAUGAUAGACAUCAUCAACUCCUUCCCCCUGUUCGCUGGUGGCCUGCGGCUCUUUCGGCCCUACCGGCUAGCCGAGGGGGUGAAGUUCAAGGUGCUCUGCGAGGAGCCAGGCAUGUCGCUCCACCUCAUGAUGGAGAUAAACCCUCUGAAGCUGAGCACAGCGGUGCAGCAGUACCGGAUCCCAACUUACAGCUGCUAUCCGAAAGACUCCUGGGCAGCUCUUUGCAAGAAGCUUUUUGUGGGGGAUCUUAUUUAUCCCUGGACACCCCUGCACAAGGGCUCCAAAGAGGACUGAGUCUUACAGGACUUAAUUUGCACUGGGACUGGGCCAAGUAGGGGUCCCUGAGGCACACCUAAUAGGUGCUAGUAUACCUCACAGCAACACAAACAUGCCAGCAAAGGCCUCCAGGCCAGGAAACAAAUUCUCUUUGUGAUACAUUUAUUUUUCAGCGUACAGGUGUUGUUCUUUGUGCAAGUGGUUUUUUUAAAAUAUGUAGAAUAUUGUUUUAAGCACAGUGAUAACCAUCUUACGAACAAUAUUUUCUCAGCACAAAAUGCACUCAAACUCAGAUGCUGUCUUAUUUUUGCGUUACAUUAUUGAAUUUCCAGGUUUCAGCAGAUUUGUUUUUGAUACUUGAAAAGAUGUUAAUGUCAUUAAUCAGAAGCUUAUGUUCUGAGUCAUUUUUUGAAUAGCACAGCUAUUUAUCUGUGUUGCUGAAUUUGUCAUUGGUGCAGGUGCAGAGUAACCUUUUCCUCCAGCAAAGCUGCAAAUAUUUCCUGAAGCCUGGAGGAGCUGGUUAAUAAUUUCUAAUAGGGCGACCGCCUGCUGCCGCCACAAUCUGUGACCUGAAUUGUAGCGCUCACAUCUUACCUAGCAGGCUGUGCUUUUGUGCCCCGGGUGAACGGUCGACACUGCAGGGCUCUGCUGUGAAAUGACCAGAGAAAAGUGUUGCUCGACAGGGACCUCAUUGACCAAAACUGCUGAAUCAGAGAUGUUUUCUGUACUUUUAUAACAUAAAUAAAUCUGCAUUAGUUAUCUAAGUAAAUUAAGUAAUAAAAUACUGCUUUACAGAAGCUGUGUAGGCUAGAGGUCAAUUUAUUUUUGUGCUUUAGAACAAGUAGAAGGUUAAUUGUAGCAAUCGUUAAUAUUCUUUGAGCUCCAUGACUUGUGUAACAGCAGGGCAUUUCUCCACUUGAUUUGAAACACUCAUAUGGUGAACUAAUUUAUUUCUUCUUCUUCCCUUUUAUAGGUCUUUAAUAAAAAUUAUCUGCGAUACAGAU